ACACUUUACGCACACAGCUGGAUCACUGCUGGAGUCACGCUGACGCACAGGAUCAGGACCGAGUCCAGCUCCGAGGACCAGGAGGAAGACCUUCUGCCGUGCCUGUUCAAGUAUUAUGAGAAAGAGGGAAGCCUUUGUCUGACUGUCCACUGUGGAUCUGGACUCUGUGAACUGAUCAGAAGAGCUGAAGAACAGGGAACAUGAUCUUUGCUUGAACUUUUCUUUUCCCCUCAGUAGACCAACAGAAGAACUCCAACCACCACAAUGCAGCUUGCACUGCUGGGCGCCGCGCUCCUUUACCUCAGCCACUUUGCCAGCACUGAGCCCAGGACCAAGUGUCCGGAGCGCUGCGACGUGAGCACCUGCCCGAGCCCCGGCUGCCCCGGCGGCUACGUCCCCGACCGCUGCAACUGCUGCCUGGUGUGCGCCCUGGGCGAGGGCGAGCCCUGCGGCCGCGAGGACGACCUGCCCUGCGGCGACCAGCUGGAGUGCAAGCACCCGGCGGGGAAGCGCCUCUCCAAGGGCUUCUGCCGCUGCCGGCUCAGCCAGGAGGCGUGCGGCAGCGACGGCAGGACGUACGGCAACGUGUGCCAGCUGAAGGCCGGCAGCCGGAGGGCGCAGCAGCAGGGCCAGCCCGGGGUCACCCUGGUCCACAAGGGCCCCUGUCCCAGCAGCACAGGUCCUUCAGGCGCUGCCAGCCCUCGCUACAAGUUCAACUUCAUCGCUGACGUGGUGGAGAAGAUCGCUCCGGCUGUGGUCCACAUCGAGCUCUUCCUCAGGCACCCCCUGUUUGGCAGGAACAUCCCCCUGUCCAGCGGCUCUGGGUUCGUCAUGUCGGACAACGGCCUGAUCGUGACCAACGCUCACGUGGUGUCGAGCACGAGUCCCGUGUCGGGCCAGCAGCAGCUCAAGGUGCAGAUGCACAACGGCGACGUCUACGAGGCCAACAUCAAGGACAUCGACAAGAAGUCCGACAUCGCCACCAUCAAGGUCAACCCCCAGACCAAGCUGCCGGUGCUGUUUCUGGGCCACAGCGCCGACCUGAGGCCGGGGGAGUUCGUGGUGGCCAUCGGCAGCCCCUUCGCCCUGCAGAACACCGUCACCACGGGGAUCGUCAGCACCGCCCAGAGGGACGGGAAGGAGCUGGGCCUCCGGGACUCGGACAUGGACUACAUCCAGACCGACGCCAUCAUCAACUACGGGAACUCAGGAGGACCGCUGGUCAACCUGGACGGCGAGGUGAUCGGCAUCAACACCCUGAAGGUGGCGGCGGGCAUUUCCUUCGCCAUUCCGUCGGACAGGAUCACCCGUUUCCUCAACGACUCUCUGGACAAGCACAGCAAAGACGUCCGCUCUCUCAAGAAGCGCUUCAUCGGAAUCAGGAUGUUGACCAUCACACCGGCGUUAAUUGAAGAGUUAAAACAGCAAAACGCAGACUUCCCCAAUGUGACCGGAGGGAUCUAUGUCCAUGAGGUCGUCCCCCACUCUCCAGCUCAGAAGGGGGGCAUCAAGGACGGGGACAUCAUCGUGAAGCUGAACGGCAAGCCCCUGAGCACCACGGCGGACCUGCAGGGGGCGCUGCAGGAGGAGACGGCCCUGCUGCUGGAGGUGCGGCGGGACAACGACGACCUGCUCUUCAACAUCGAGCCGGACGUCAUCAUGCAGUAGAGCGCCGCGGCGCCGCCCUCCGGCAGAGCGGCGCCGAAAGACGUGUGACGGGACACACACACAAACACACACACACACACAGCAGUGUGUGCACGCCUCCUCUCAUACCGGCUGUGAACGACACUGUGCAACACAUUCCAGGGCUUCGUGCCGCGUCUCGGCGGUGAACUGAUGCGGCGAAGACGUCCUGCAGGACGUCCCCAGCCUGGGCCUCCGGUCCAUCGUCUCUGUGUCUCUGAUUAUUCUCCUCUUGUUGUUUUUUACAGUAAUUGAUUGCGCCUUGUGUCCCUAAUGUCUUGACGAAGUGGAGAUCAGUGCCCGGUCCUCAGAUGACGAUCAGUACGAAC